AUGGGGUACGGGGAUCCGACGAGUUCCCGGGCGAGAACUUUUUUUGUAUUCAACUGGAAGCUCGUCAAGGAGUAUCUGGAGAAUGCCUUGCGCCUGCCCCCGGACGACGCGAGCCGCGUCGGGAGUAGAGUGCAGCACUGGAUGACGGCGUCCGAGGGGAUCAACUUUCUCGCUGCGUAUCAGGGGAAGCAGAACGCGCAGGAGAUGCCGCCCAUCGGAGGGACGCACUUCUUCACCAUAAUGCCGCCAUCGAACAGGGUGCGCGACGCUGUUCAGCCUGACACGCUCGACAUCAAUAAAUAG